AUGUUAUCAGCAUAUGACUAUGAAAUUGAGUAUCGACGAGCAGAGAAGCUCUCCAAUGCUGAUGCAUUCAGUCGUUUGCCACUGAGGGCCAGUAAGGAGGAGGAAGAGGAGCAGCGUCUUUGGAAAGUAGGAAUGCUAGAAAUGGCGCCAGAAGUAACAUGGUACUCUAGGAAGGUGGCAAGUUUUACGUCAAGGGACAAGCUGUUGGCUAGAGUCUGCAAUUGGGUGCAGCGUGGGUGGCCAGAGGGCAAGCUACCGGAAGAGUGUGCAGCAUUUGUGAUCCGCAAGCAUGAACUGUCGGUGUACCAAGGUUGUUUUCUGUGGGGCAGUCGUGUCGUCAUUCCAGAGCCAGUUCGACCAUAUGUCAUGGACAUUCUUCCCACAGCUCAUCCAGGAAUUGUCAAGAUGGAGGGGCUCGCCAGAGGAGCCGUGUGGUGGCCAGGAAUUGACAGAGAUGUUCAGCAGAAAGUGAGGGACUGUGCACGUUGUCAAGAAUCCAGGUCUGCGCCAGCAGCUGCAAAAUUUCACCCUUGGGAAUUCACCAAGCGUCCUUGGACAAGACUACAUAUCGAUUUUGCUGGGCCAUUCCAAGGCAACGUCUUCCUCAUUGUGGUGGACUCUCACUCGAAGUGGUUGGAAGUGUGCCGAAUGACUUCCAUGUCGGCAGCUGCAGUUUGUGCGAAGCUUCGUUUUCUUUUUGCUACCCAUGGCAUUCCAGAAACUGUUGUUUCGGAUAAUGGAACUGCAUUUUGUUCGGAGGAGUUCAGAGACUUCAUGCGCCGAAAUCAAAUCCGAAAUGUGACCGUUUCCCCAUAUCACCCUUCUUCAAAUGGUCAAGAAGAGCGGAUGGUGCGCGAAACCAAGGAAGUACUCAAGCGCAUGGUUGGAGGCAAUAUCGACACACGUCUGGCUAGGUUUUUAAUGACCCAGCAUAUCCUGCCUCAUGCUACAACAGGCAAAAGCCCAGCCGAAUCGCUAAUGGGCAGACAACUUUCAACUGUGUUAGAGCGUCUGCAUCCUGACCUGCAGUCCAGUGUGCAGCAGAAACAGGAGCAGGUGAUGCAGCGCCGUAACCACGCAGUGCGACUGUUUGAAGUGGGGGAUCGAGUGUUUGUGCGCAACUCUCUCUAUGGGCCCAUGUGGUUGCCGGGCAUUGUUGAUUCUGUCACUGGACCAGUGUCGUACUUGGUCGUCACCAAGGAUGGACGUCGGAGGAGACGGCAUGUUGACCAACUCCGAAGUCGUUCUGCCAGCUACGCAUUGGACAGUUCCACUUCUGGAACGUGCGAGGAGGAGGAAUCGUUGGUUGCUUUCCCGGCAGGGUGUUCCGAAAGCGGCAUUCCUUCAAGCCCAGAGGACCCUGGAAGAUGGGACCCAAAAGAAAUACGAGAGGAGGCUGCAACACCCAGUACCGAACCUGUUUCCUGUGGUGAGGACAGUGAAGUAAGCGCAUCCCGGGACCAAAGAGAAAUACCAGAGGAGGCUGCAACACCCAGUACCGAGCCUGUUUCCUGUGGUGAGGACAGUGAAGUGAGCGCAUCCCUUCAAGUCCAGCGACCACUGCGCCAAUGCAGCCGUCUGCGUAUCUGA